UAUUUGUUUAUUUAUGUGUCCCCUUUGUAUACAUGUGUGCUAGUGUGUGUGAGAGUGUGUUGAUGUGAGUGCGGCAACCGAAAACAGCUGUUAAAGCAGCAGCAGCAACAAUACCAAAAAAACAACAACAACAACAACAAGAUUUCAAUUUGGUUUUUUUGCAUAUUUUCUUUUUGGUUGGUUAAGACCAACAAAUAAUUAACUUAUUCUUUGGCUAGAAGAACCAGAUUUUUGUCACCCUUACACACACAUUUAAUAGUUUUUGUGGACAAAACCAACUAUUUCUGGCCAGCUGAAUAAGGGAAAUUGAAAAUUGUGUUAGUACUUUUUUGACUUUGGGCCAGAGUAAAUGCCGCAUUGUGAUUAGACAGACACAUUGAGUUACACAGCCAUGUACUUCCGGGAACAGCUUUUGUUAGCCUGCAUUGUGUUGUUAUUGGGUGGCUUGCCCCAUUUAACAUCCACCACUACCACAACCACUUUGGUAGCAGCCAUGUCGAUUGCCAAUCAGGAUUUGGAGCGUUUCUUUCGGCCGGCUAAUGCCACCCACACAUUUGCCAGCAUUGAUGAUCGCAUGGCCUCGGAUAUCUACAACUAUGCCUUCCUCAAUUGGUCGUAUGUGGAUCAUGAUAAUAUAUUACAGACCGUGGAUUUCCCACAGGAGCAAGCACGUUACGGUGAGGGCCGUGUCCUGAAUGUAACCGGACGAUUGGUGCACAUUAGCACGGCGGAUGAUAUUGCCGAUGAUUAUGCCUGCACUCCGUUUAUACACGGCACAAUGGGCUCAUCGUUGCCAGAGAAGGGUGUGACCUGGAUUGCGCUGGUACGCCGUGGUCGCUGCACUUUCGAGGAUAAGGUUAAACAUGUCUAUCAGCACAAUGCCGUCGGUGUUAUUAUCUACAAUGACAAGCAGGUGAUGCAGCUGGAGAAGAUGCAAAUUAAGGUGAAAACACGCAACAUUGCAGCAGUGAUAACAUAUCAGAAUAUUGGACAGGAAUUGGCCAAUUCGGUGGACAAAGGAUAUAAUGUUACCCUUUGGAUAACCGAAGGACGUCGCGGCGUCAGAACUGUUAGCAGUUUAAAUCGAACUUCUGUGUUAUUUGUAUCGAUCUCAUUCAUUGUUCUGAUGAUCAUUUCUUUGGUUUGGCUUAUUUUCUACUAUAUACAAAGAUUCCGCUAUAUGCAGGCCAAGGACCAACAAUCGCGCAAUCUCUGCUCUGUUACGAAAAAGGCUAUAAUGAAAAUACCAACGAAAACGGGUAAAAUGAGUGACGAGAAAGACUUGGACAGCGACUGCUGUGCCAUUUGUAUUGAAGCCUAUAAACCAUCUGAUAUCAUAAGAAUUUUGCCCUGCAAGCAUGAAUUUCACAAGAACUGCAUCGAUCCGUGGCUUAUUGAGCAUCGCACUUGUCCAAUGUGUAAAUUGGAUGUGCUGAAAUUCUAUGGCUAUGUGUUUCUGGGUAGCGAGGAAAGUAUUUUGGAGUAUGAACCAGAACGUGUUGUAGUGCCAGCAAAUGCAAAUGCGGCCUCGAAUGUUAUACUGGCGCCCACAAAUGGAGGCACCUCCACUGUUGGUGCUGCGGCUGCUGGACCAUCACGCCCCAGCGCCUUAGCGGAAUUGAUUCGCAGUCGGGAUUUCGUAAUAGAUUUUCCACGCGUUUUUGUUCUCGACAGCGGCAGUGUGGUAGGCGCUAGGGAAAUUCUAUUUCCCACUCGUCUACCAGAGCGAUCGCAGAGUUCUUUGUCAUUGCGACAAGCCAGGGAUUGGAUGUGCCUGAUGAGUAAUAAGCUAGAGGAACAACAGGGACUAAGACGUUUACGCAAAGACGAAAUGCAACAGCAACUCCUAAGUGCUCGUGACUCGGCGCGUCAUCGUCGUUCACGUUCGGCAGAUGGUCGUUAUAGCACUGGAUGUUUUGGUGGACGUCAACGUCAGGCAUCUAUACAGGGACAGGAUGAGAAGCAGGUGCCACGCGAGGCAACAACCGCAACCCAACAAUUUCAAGAGGUUAAUCAAUUGCGUCGCUCCAGUUCUUCGCAUGCCUUGCAGCAAUUAACAGAUGCCUCCUAUGCCCAAUCGCGUCAAAGGCAAACAGAGACUUUUGAUUUUGCUCGGACCCGACGUCGUUUCAUGCGACGAGAAAGCGAUGAGAUAUCCUUGCGUGCCCUGCCCAGAAGAGCGGGUCGCAGCCGCUUUGGAGCUGCUGGAAUGGCUCCUGAGACUGUCAAUCCCGGAGAUAGGGAUCACAUUACCAUUCAAGUAAACGGCGAGGGUGUUGAUCUCAAUGAAUGAACGAAUGAAUUUGAAAGAAUGAAUGUGUGCUUGUAAAAUAAUAUUUAUCUAUACAAAAUAAAAGAGUUUAUUGAUAGUUUA